CGUCAUGUAAAGCUUCAAUUAUUUCUAUCCUUUUCACUCCUCCUCUCGUUUUCGUCCUUGUCUAAUAUCUAAAGGUCCACUGCACUAGCGCUUCAUCUAUCAUACUUGCGCGUCCUAUUCGUUUUCACUUAUUUUUGUUUUGACACUUGAGAAGCUAUAGCAACAUUGCUCUGACCUCAAACUCAAUUCGAUAACCAAAUAUACUAUGUAAUAUUGCAUCAAACAGCCACACCCCUGAAUAAGACCGUCUUGCCGAACAUCCUACACCGAUACGACAAUAGCGUUGAAUGCCCAAUUGUGGAUAACUUCUUUAAGUAGAACUUGCCAAGAGCAGCUAUUCCGACAAGGAUUCGGUUUGUACACAUCUUACUGGAAAUACAUACAUACAUACAUACAGCGAUUCGCUGAACCAAUAUGGCGGCAAAAGGUGAUUCUGCUCGUGGAGCUUCCGGUCGCUCGCCCAUGCGCUUCAUCUCCGUCGAUAACGUCUUACAAUAUGCUUCCGAAAUACCAUCCGGCCAACCGCGUAUCCCUCCGCAACGAGGCCUCCGUGCCAUUCCCGGUGUACGACGCGUGAGUGGAGGUGGCCUUCCUAAUCUCGCGUCGCGCACCGGGCAGCACAAUAUGCCAUCACGGACCACUAGGAUUAGUGAGAAGCUAGUUCUGUUACCCGAGACGGUUAACGAUUUAGAAGGACCCGACGAAGAAAUCGAGUCUGCUUUUCGCGAGAACGAGUCGAGACCACUGAAGGACGAAGAGCUGGACGUUUUGAGGAAAAGGGGUGGGCUGCGUGGUAAGAGUUAUGCCGAACGACUACCUAAAUUUGAAAGAACGGAGAAGCUGUCGAGGCUCACGGCCUACUGUACUGCGCAGUCUUUCAAGAUGAAGUCGACUUCGGAAUUUCUUCGCAAGAAGCACGACGCUAAAACGAAGCUCUACGACGACUGUCUCUAUACUGUAUAUCAUAUCCCGCUACUACCCGGCGUGGAAGGUUGCCGCGUGAGGAGUCGGCCGAUACUCAAGACGCCCGGCACGGGUAAGACGGUCUUAGAUCUCGAAAUCGAACGGAGCGAACGAAGAGACGAGCAUAUGGGCUACUACGACGAAUAUUCAUAUAACGAACAUGGCGGAAGUCCCAACCAGGGGAAUGGUAGCUACCAAUCUGUGUCUGAGGAUAGGGAUCGGGAUACAGAAAGUAGCAAUUCUCAAGAUGAUCAGUCCGCGAGUCCUGUUAAUAGACUUGCACCUGAUGCUAAGCAAUUUGCUGAGAUGUUUGUUUUCUCAUAUGGCGUUGUUGUAUUUUGGAACUUCACCGAAGCACAGGAAAAGGCCAUUCUAGCCGAUAUCACAUUUGCAGAGACUGAGAGCGGGACGCCGUUAGUCGCGCGACCCCUUGACCAGAGCGAUGUCGAGACGGAGGAGUUUCAUUUCGAGUACAACGCAGAUGUAAAGAGGCCGCGUAUCUUCAAUGAUAUGAUUACGUUACUGCCGCGGUCGGAUCAUAUGGUCAAACUCACCAUCAGCCACGCUAUUGCACAGAGCACCAAACUCUGCUUCUUUGAAGAGCGCAUGUCUGAAACCAUGUUAAACGCACAGGAUGUUCCGAAGCGGCUAGCUCUUACCGGAGAGUUGAACAUGACGAGGACUGAGAUAGUGAAGAUUCUUGGCCGCCUGUUUAAGAGCCGAGUCGACAUCAACCUCUGUAAGUGACAUCAAUCCUCGAGAGAACAUUUAAUCGGAACUAACGAGUCAUGCCAGCAUCCAA